AGCCUGUCACCGCCAAAAAGAAGAAGAACUCCGGCGAACCUCGUCACAUGCAGGACAAAAGUAAACAGAAGCGCCAGCAGCAGCAGCGUUCAGAGGACUAUCGGAGCCGCCGCAGAGACCAUGUCCUCCCUCCAGCCGGUGAGAGAGUUCAUCAGCCAGAGACUGACGGCCGCUGCGGAGGACAUCUUCAGACUCUUUGAAAGAACCGUCUGUCAGUACGAGGAGGAGCUCCGCCGCCAGCGCGGACUGCAGGAGAACGGAGCAUCGAUACAGGUGCACACCGUGGUCCUUCCUCAGCCCCAUCACAGUACCGAUGGAGAUCUCUGCAUGCAGGUGGACUUCAGUGUGAAGCAGGAGGAACCAGAACCUCCACAGAUAAAAGAGGAAGACGAGGAGCUAUGCAUCAGCCAGGAUGAAGAGCAGGUGGAUUUGAAGCAGGAGGCUGAUGCUCUGAUGGAGACUCCCACUUUUGAGGAGGCAGAUGGAAGCAGUCAGCAGCUCCUGACUGAAGACUUGUAUGCAAAUCAGGAUGAAGAGUCAACAUCAACCAGAGAUGGAGAGACGGACCCACAGACUGGAGGUCAGAGGAAGAGGAGGGGCAGACGUCAUACACAGCAGCAUGAAGGUUUCUCUCACAUGUCAGGAAGUCGGUGUGACUCAGAAAAACUGGAUGUUUAUGGAACCCCCCCCAAUAAUUCCACUCUGACAAAUAAACAAAAGAGACCCCCCAAACCAAAGAGACACACCUGCAAAGAGUGUGGCAAAAGUUUCCGGGAUAACUGCAUCCUGAGGAACCACAUGCGAACGCACACCGGGGACCGGCCCUUUUCCUGUCAGCUCUGCGACAAGAGCUUCCCGGAGAACAGAACGCUGACCAAGCACAUGCGCACGCACACCGGGGAGAAGCCCUUUUCCUGUCAGGUAUGCGGCAAAGGCUUCCCCGAAAACAGCACCCUCACCAAGCACAUGCGCACCCACACCGGGGAAAAGCCCUAUUCCUGCAAGGAGUGUGGCAAAAGUUUUAGUCUGAGCACUAACCUGACCAAACACAUGAGAACUCACACGGGCGAGAAGCCCUUCUCCUGCGGGUUGUGUGGUAAGAGCUUCAGCCAGAGUGUUACCCUGCAAAACCACAUGAGGAGCCACACUGGCGAGAAGCCCUUCUCCUGCGGGGAGUGUGGUAAGAGCUUCAAGCAAAGGGGCAACCUCAGAGUCCACAUGUUGACCCACACUGGAGGAAAGCUCUUCUCCUGUAAAGUUUGUUCUCAAAACUUUGGAAAACGAGACACACUGACGGAACAUCUGCAAAGUCACGCCGAGACGCAGGACGCCAGCGGCGGGCUGCCAUGUUUGGAGUAAGCAGAAAGGCAAGAGUGUGGGAGAAGCUUCAGAACUAUCCUGCUCCCGUUUGAGGAAACGUGAACCCAAUCGAGAGGAACUGUGGGUGUCACUGUUAGCUUUUAUGAUAUAGGAUUAGCAUUUAGCAGUAAUCCUAAUCUGGUCCAAGCACCAAAAAAAUCUCAGCAUCCAAAAACAAAUGUCUACUUUAAAGGCCCUCUACAUCCAAAAUGAAAAUGUCAUUGAAUGUUUUAUAUCAAUAUUCAUGAAAUUUAGAGAUGUUUUGUGAAAAGGACUAGCAGGGCCUGAGUUUGGCCACUGAUGUAUUGUUGAAACUUCCUGCAGCUUAUCUUGUGGGGUCCAGAUGACCCCACUACCAACGUAAACGUGUCUAGCAUAGCGCAAGAGUUUUUAAAGACCCCACUCCCAUGAAAAAUGUGUUUUUGGUGUUUUGAACAUGUUCUUGUAGCAUUUUCUCCUUAUAGAUGACCAUAUACAAAGAAAAUGAAGAUCAAAACUACAUUUCUGAGUAUGUAAUUGGGAUAAAUCAGGAGCAGAUGAAAACAUUUGGUUGGAUAAACAGCCUGUUUGUGACUCAGAGGUACGCUGGGCCGGCCACAAGCUCCUGCCCCCACAUUCUGAGGUGUGUGUGAGGAUGAGGAGAGAUGAUGAAGAAUCGACACCUAUGUGCUAUAGCGGGUUGCAACUUUAAGAAGAGAUGUAGACAUUUUGGUAGACAGUUUGCCAUUUGCUGACUUCAGCUGCAUGUGUGGACUGUUACGCUGAAGCUUCAGUUUGUACACAUUCUACACAGCAGAGAUUGCAGAGAAAGGCCCAGAAUUUCUACCAAACAAAACCCUUAGAUGUUAUUCUGAUGGGGAAAGUACUUCACUAUGACUCACAUGUCCUCGGGUGUCUCUGAGUUAGACAGUUUUAGCCAUGCAAAUGUAAAAAAAAGCAAGACAUUGAUCAUCCUCGAUGCACAUGCAUACCCUCAUACGCUUCAUAUGUUUCUGAUGGAUUCUACAUAGUUUGGUUUUUUCAUGCAUGAAUUUGAUGCUUUUGCCAGCUGUGCUGGUGGGUCUUGUACAAGAUAAAUGCUCAAAGGGUGGUGGCCGCACUCAUGUCACCCAUUGUGAUUAGGGCUGGGAAUCUCAGGGUAACUCACGACACAAUGCGAUUCACGAUACAUGACUCACGAUACCGUUGUAUCUCGAUAUGGCAAAGAAUAAUCAUUACAUUACCUUGGUAAUCUAUGAUAUUUAACUAUUUGUAAAACAAAGAUAUAUCCUUAUUUUCUUCAAAAACAGUUUUUGAACAGUUUAAAACAAUAUGUUAAUUUAACGCCCUUUCCAACAUUAAAAUAAAAUGAACAAUUAAUAUAAAUGCGUAUUUACAAUAAUAAUACAAGUUUUGAGAAAAAAAAUAAACAAAGCCCCUGUAAAGAACUAAAAUGCUGAGCAUUUCCAAUGGCCAUCUCCCUUUAAAGAACAAAACGUGGGGGGAAAAAAAAUCAUGAUUCAAAUGAAAAUCAUUUGCCGAACAUAAUUUAUUUUAAUGUUCGUUCGUGAGUUGAAAUAUCGCAAUAUGUUGGUCUUGUGACACUUGUUGACACUGUGAGUCACUGACCAGGAGGAAGUUUGUUUUUUCUUCACACUAUUGGUUAGUCAUGUAACAUGGGUUGAUAAAUCACCAUGGUAACAGUGCUGUGGUCCCCAAAGGCUGGUUUCUACGUAAUCGAUCGCGUCGCAGUGGUCACACGGCCAUCGGAGCAGAACGACAUCCGAAUGUUGCACCUGCUGAUGACGUCACCCACGACUGAAAUGUUACGCCCGGAGUGCAGUCGCCGCCAAAUCACGUCAUUUAACUUGAAUGUAUUUCAGCGAUUAGAGUACGCAACUCCGCAGAAAACUCUGUCCAAAAAAAACUUUUAAUACUAAAAAUUAAUAAGAGUUACCAGAAAAGUUAGGAAAUCCUGAACUUCACACAGAGAAAGACAGAGUGGACAGCUAGAUAGAAAAUAGAGCAAGUUUCUGGAAAAAUGUGUCUUUUUCCUCAUAUCUUACGGCACUAGAGAAUCCAAUGUGUUCCUUUUUUAAUUUAAUGUUGUCGUCCUUGUAUUCCCUGCUUCUGUUAGCGGCAAACUCAUCACUCCCUCCUCUUUCUUUCAUGUACCUGAGCGCUCGCAGAUGCUGCAAGUGUCUGAGCGGGAUGCUGAUCAUGAUAAAAAUAAAUGCAGAACACGAUUGCGUUGCUUAAAAAGUAUAAACACCAGUCAGAAGUACAUCACAGUUAUAGUGGAGAGUCAACCAAAUCCAGCCAACGUGAAUAUGAACGAGACCGCCAGAUUGUGGAUGCGACGCGAGCGAUUAGGAAUCGCUUGGAAGUGUAAACCAGACUUAACUGGGGAUACAUGAGUUGUGUCAUUAGGGUCUAUGAAGACAGGGGAACACCCCCCUCUCCCCCGUGAACUAGGACAUUUAUUGUUCCCUCUUUCAUCAGUAUCUGCUGCGCUUUCUUCCCUGCUCAGCAGGACGCGAGUUAAGGAUGUUUUAGUUCACUGCUACUUCAACACUACUUUCUUUUACAAUCAUUUCCAGCUUUUCUUUGUCGUCCAGUAAUCAGAGGAAUCUCUCACCUUCUGUGUCAGCCUCUUUGUAAAGUAGAUCAGACUAUCCACAUGUUUCUUCCCAAUAAACUACAGUUAAAGGACA